GGUCUGCCAGGCCGUUCGGCGGACCCUGCGGUCGCCAUCUUCCCUGGUGGCAGCAGAGUGCUCCGUAAAACGGAAAUAGACCGAUUUCACUGUCGAAGAAGACACGAAGAAGAACAAUGGCGGCGCACAGCGAGCGGAGCGGGUAGAGGAGCAGAUCUGAGCACUGAACGGUGAAGUUAAAGAGUCCUGGAUGCAGGGCAGCAAGCCGGUGGUGGAGGUGGUCCGUCUGGGCUUGGUCUCCUACAAGGAGGCUCUGCGGCUGCAGCAGGUCUAUGUGAACCAGCACCGGUCCGGUCCAGCUCACACUCUGCUGCUGUGUCAGCACCCGCCUGUCUACACCACCGGGAUCCGCCACAAGCCUUACCCUGCCCCCCUCCUGGACCAACUCCGCAUGCUGGGGGCCGAGGUGUAUCGCACCAACCGUGGAGGACUCAUCACUUUCCACGGGCCGGGACAGCUGGUCUGUUACCCGGUCCUCAACCUGACCAGUUUCAAGAAGAGUGUUCGUUGGUACGUCUGUGAGCUGGAGAAGACCAUCAUCUCCGUCUGCAGCAGGUUUGGCAUCGAAGCGUCGACGUCUCCUCACACUGGAGUUUGGGUCGGAGACAACAAGAUCUGUGCCAUCGGAAUCCACUGUGGGCGCUACGUCACGUCUCACGGCCUGGCUCUGAACUGUAACACCGACAUGUCGUGGUUCGGCCACAUCGUGCCGUGUGGUAUCGAAGGCAAAGGAGUGACGUCGCUGAGCGCUGAGCUGCAGAGAGAAGUCAGCGUGGAGGAAGCCAUACCUCACCUGCUGGAUGCAUUCAGAGACCGGUUCAGCUGUCAGCUCACAGACAGACAAACACCUGAAACUGAUCAGGAAGCAGAGGAUCAUCAGCGUAGAAACUGACCGUAACGGUUUUCAUCGGUUUCAUGUCUGUGCAUCCAAACCGAGGGUGUGUUUAGAUUUAAAUGUUGUGUCUUGUUUGCUAAGCAGGCCCUUAAAUCCUUCUCAGAUUUACUGAUUUCCUUUAAAUAUAACUCUGAAGUUGGACCUCGAAAUGACCCUAACGUUUCAGCUCGUCUACAGAUUCAGAGUUGGCUUUUUUGGUUACAUUUUAUGGGGUUGAGCCCAAAUUCAGGUCCAAUUAAUGGAUAAUUUAUAGGUUCUGAUAAAGGGGUUUUAUUUGGUUUUAUCAUGUAUUUUUAAUGGGUAAAACAUCCCCAUAAAACAUUAAAGUUAUCCCUCAGGUUACUCCUUAACAAGAAAAACUAAGGCCCUUUAAAGGUCCAGAUAAGGGUCCAAUACACCUGACCUUAAGGGUUCCUCAAAAGGUACCAUAUCCAAUCUAAAAAGAUACUUCAUUAUAACAUAAUCCAUUAAUUAUCCCCUUAAUUCCCAUUAAAAAGAUCGUAAUUCCAUCAUCGUGACUGGCUGAAAGAGUAAGGGGAGUUUGGCAGUGAUGAAAACCGUCUAAAUACUACUAAAACCAUAAUGCCUCAUUUUUACAUUUCUGUGUCUACACCUGUUGAAUAAAUAUUGAAAUCUGGUUUCUACA